AAUAUAUCCAAAGCGCUAGGCAGAUGGAUGUAAGACCAAAAAAAUGACUAGGCUACACUAUAUUUGAUCGGGCGCGUAUAAGUAAUUGUUGUAGAGUGAGAGGAAGCGAGGUUGGGAAGUGUUAGUGGAGCUCAGCGCAGGCGGAGUGGAGGCAGCAGUUCUAAGCGAGGAACAUUCCUUAUUAUCAUACCCUUUUUCUUCUCACUCAUAACAGCUAUUUGCAGGUCUGUGAAUGGCGUCGAAGCGUAUUUUAAAGGAGCUCAAGGAUCUUCAGAAGGAUCCUCCUACUUCCUGCAGUGCAGGACCAGUUGCGGAGGAUAUGUUCCAUUGGCAAGCAACAAUCAUGGGACCUCCAGACAGCCCCUAUGCUGGUGGUGUGUUUCUGGUCACAAUCCAUUUCCCCCCUGAUUAUCCAUUCAAGCCCCCCAAGGUUGCCUUCAGGACGAAAGUUUUUCAUCCAAAUAUUAACAGCAACGGCAGUAUCUGUCUUGAUAUUUUGAAGGAACAGUGGAGUCCCGCAUUGACAAUCUCGAAGGUUUUGCUUUCAAUUUGCUCUUUAUUGACUGAUCCAAACCCAGAUGAUCCUCUUGUACCUGAGAUUGCUCACAUGUACAAGACGGAUAGAUCUAAAUAUGAGACAACUGCGAGGAGCUGGACCCAGAAGUAUGCAAUGGGUUAAGAAUAUAUAUUUCAACUUUAAGACUGGCUUAAAAAAUAUACUGUUCUUAAGUUGGAUUCUGGAAUAUUAUCCUUUUACUUGAAUGUGUUAUCUUUUACAUAUGCAUGAGGUAUGGUAUUUUCAUAGAAAUGCAACUGAUAUUCUCAGCACCUGUAAGGUGAUUAGUACUAUAUUAGUAAUGUUCAAAAUCGAUAAAGCAUCACACAAGUGUGUUUUUUCA